AUGACAACGCCCUGCCUGAAAGUGGAACAGAGCUAUCAGAAACACCAGCAGAAUCUGGAGAAAUUCAGAGUGAAACUGAAGAUCGGGCCACUUCUACACCGAAGAAUAAGGGGGAUGAGCCUGGAGAAAACAGCAAUCCCAGAUCAGCAUGAGGACCAGGAAGUGUCUGCUGACCACAGUGACAAAGAUUACAACUCUAAGCAGAAGGAAGUGGGUGAAAGGAAUGCCCUAGGGAUGCCACCCAGCCCAAAAGGAUACCUGUGGAGAUGGUUGAAAGACGAUGACAUAGGAGGCGCAGUAGGCGGCAGCAAUAUCGUGUUGCUGUACCCUCCUGACAGCGAUCAAGCUCUGCCGGGACUGGUGUGCCAUUUGGGCUCGUUCCUGUCCUCUCUGGGCUUCAGUGUGUCUGUUGACCUGUGGAGCCAGGCUGAGCUCAGUGUCCUGGGACCUGUUCCAUGGCUCAACUCCCAGCUGGACUGCCUGCAAAGACAGGGGUCAAAGGUAGUGCUGGUGCUGACCCAGGCAGCCUGGGAGAGGGCAGAAGAGUGGGGCAGGAGGGGCUGGGAGAGGGACACUCUCCGGGGGAGUGGGUGUGAAGAGGAUGGAGAGUCUGUGGAGGGGUGUCGUUCCCCAUAUUUGGAUGUCUUCAGCGCUUCACUCACCUGCAUUCUGUGGACUAUCUGCAGGGCCGCGCCGGCGAACGCUUCACCCUGGUGCAGUUUAAGUCUCUGUCCCCCCAGCCUCCUGGUGGCCGGCCGCCCCCUGCCUGAGCUCUACAGGGGGCUGCCGCUCUUCAGCCUCCCCUCCCAGAGCCUGGGCUUCCUGACUGAACUGGCUUUGGGGCGAGGUAGUGGGGCAGCCUCAUUGGCACUGGCAGGGGGGCACAGGGCAGCCUCACGGACUGCACCAUGCCAGACCUGCCGCAAGCUCACUGACAGCUUCAUCAAGGGACUGGAUAAAACAUCUAAUAAGAAUUUUGGGGGUGGCAACACUGCUUGGGAGGAGGAAAAUCUGGCUAAAUAUGCUCGCAGUGAAACCAGGUUGCUGGAGAUAGUAGAGGCAGCGUGUGAGAAAUCUGACUUUGACUGUAACAAACUGCUGGAGCAGAUAGAGGACCAAGUGGAGACAUGGUGGUUCCACCGGCAGCAAGAGGCUCCAGACCUAUUUGAGUGGUUGUGUAUAGAGGAGCUCCCGCUCUGCUGUCCCCCGGGACGUUUUGGACCAGACUGCAAAGAGUGUCUGUCUGGUCCUGGAGGGGUGUGUGGUGGUCUGGGCCGCUGUGAGGGAGAGGGCACGCGUCUGGGAGAUGGAGAGUGCGUGUGUGACCCGGGGUACUUCGGUCAGCUGUGUCAGAGCUGUGCAGACGGCUAUUACAGAGAGAAGAGCUCCAAUCACAGCACACCAGCCUGCGCAGCAUGCUACCGCUCUUGUAAAAAGUGCUCGGGGCCAGAGAACUACAAAUGUCUGGAAUGCAAACCUGGGUGGCUCUUCCAUGACAACAAGUGUGUUGACAGUGACGAGUGUGGCACAGAGCUGGCUCGAUGUUCCUCCAACACCUAUUGCCACAACACAGAUGGAUCGUACGAGUGCAGAGGCUGUGACCAGGCAUGUGUGGGCUGUAUGGGCAGUGGUCCAGCCCGCUGUAAGAAAUGUGCUCGGGGAUACAAGCUCAGAGGAGCCAAAUGUCUCGAUGUGGACGAGUGUAGUGAGCGGGCGAUAGCAUGUCCAGGGCUGAAUGAGGCGUGUUUCAAUGACGAGGGGUCCUUCCGCUGUGAAUGUGCUGACGGCUUCAUUCGUAGAGACAGCAUCUGUGUGGAGAACCAGCCGCUGAGUGGUCCAGAGAAGGGUCUGUUUGAUGACAUGACUGACGACGAGGUCCUGGUUCUGCAGCAGAUGUUCUUUGGCGUGGUCAUCUGUGCCCUAGCAACGCUCGCCGCCAAGGGCGACAUGGUCUUUACCGCCAUCUUCAUCGGGGGCGUGGCCGCCAUGGCCGGAUACUGGCUGUCAGAGAAGGGCGACCGCAUGCUGGACGGCUUCCUAAAGGGACGCUAGCCUAUCAGGAGCUAGGGAUACAGGAAAGAGGAAGGAACUCUUGAAUGCAAGCCAAUGAGGGCGACAAAGACUGAGGGGUGGGACGGCUACAGGAAUGCUAGCCAAUCAGGGAUGUACUAUACUACUUUGGGGGUGUUGGCUUGGGAUGAUUGUGGGUCUUCUGGAUUGUUGUGGAUUGUGAACCUUUAAGAUGAUGGAGGGAGAUGAAUAAGAGACCUUGGAGCUUAGUCAAAUUAGAGAGCUCAAUGGAGGAAUGAAUACAGAAGACCGGGUACUACUUGAUCCAAGAACACUGAAAAGACACUAAGGACACUGGACUGUCUUUCUGCACUGAUAUGGGAGACCAAAACACAAGCCUCUUGCCUCAACUCAUGGGGUAGAAAAGGGAGGGAGUGCAGGUCGGAUAAGACCACUACUGAUUGUUACCAAGUUAUUAUGCAUUUGUAUCUUCUACUGGGCAAAAUAUUGCUCCGAAAUGAUGUCUGUCCAUUUCCACGCAUCCCAACCCAAACUUCUUAGCUACCCCUCUUACCUCAUCAGUAUUCUACUGUUCCAUCAUUUCACCUUAUACUGAGGAACAGAGGUGUUUCCCUGGUAAUGGAAGGUGCUAUGGGAUGGUCAGUGGGGUGUUGAAGCACUAAAGACUGCUGCUAUAGUGGACAUGGGAAAUGUUUAGGAAAGGACAGAUGUGUCCUGUUGCACCAGUGAAAUUAUGUCCAACGUUAUAACACUAUUUAUAAUCGCGCCCCUAUUAUGACUGUGUUUUUGCACAAGCUUAUUCUUACUGUAUGAAUGCAUGAGAAAGGUGAUUACUGUAUGUAUUUAUUAUCCUGAUAGGCAUGAAAGACUGAGCUUUAUAGAGCUGCUUGUUUCCCCCUUAAACUGUUCAACCAGGAUACAAGGAUCAUCACUUCUGUUCACCACCCCAAACCCUACUGCCUGAGCAGUGUGCAUGAGAUAUCAAGAGUUAAAGGCAGCAGUCCUAGUGAAGAUGUCACCCAUUUUAUUGGUUUGCAAUAAUUCAUUUCUGAACAUCUUUUUUUUCCAAAAAACCUUUUUCAGAAUCUGUUUGAUAUGCGUGUGUGAUCAGCACCAGGUAAAAUGGGGUACUGUACAGUCAUGGCCAAAAGUUUUGAGAAUGA